AUGGAAGGAGUCAUCUUCCUGUCCUCGGUUACAUUCGUUAUUGCGGUGACAGCUGCUAUCAUACGGGGCAUAGCCUUUUACAAGCGAUACCGAGUCCGCCUGCAUGUCACAUCAAAAGGAAUGACUCCUUCACAGAGUUUGGACCUGGAGAGAUUCGAUCCUGAAGGAAGUGCACCUGUUCAGCCACCGCCGCAACUGCAUCACCAGUCACGAUUGGGGAGCAGAAAUUCGAGGUGGCCAGGAUAUACAGACCGACGGACUCAACCAUCGCGAACAAUAGUGGAUCAUUUUGCGUCAUAUCGCAUUCCCGAGGAAGCAGACACGACCAUCCAUCAUUUCCCGCAAGCGCAUUCGCUGCCCCCAAACCUCCCAGCCACAUUCUUGGCCCCAUCCGCACGAGCCACAACACCCCCACCAGCCACUGCACUUACCCCGCCUGAGGCACCCACUGUGAAUCACACAUGA